GCAGGCUGAGAGCUUGUGCUGCAGAUCGACCCACAAACUUUAUUGAACUUUUAAUAAACUAAAAACCUUUAAUGUUUUAUUUCUGUUCUUCGCGGCGAACUGAAGACAGACUGCCACGUCACAGAGCAGGUGACAAACAGCACGAGACACUCUGGAGCGCGAGACCUGUGGCCGUUUGUCCAACGCGGAAGUCCUGUCUGAAAGUUGAGGGAUGAAGAAGAGUCGGAUGCUGGCCGUCCUGGGGGGCGGGAUCUUCUGCGUCGCUGUGAUGUCACUGUACCGGAUGUUGGAGCUGAUGCAGGGGGCGGAGCUUAAGCAGCACAUGGAUAAGCCUAAUGGACAGGAAGAAGAUUUGUCCCUCCUCCAGCAGAAGAUUGAAAGGUUGGAGCUUCUCCUUAGCAACAACAACCGUCUGGUUGCUACGCUGCGGGACACUCUGAUCCAACGCAAAGCAUCAUGGGAAAAAGGACGAGGGGCCAACGGCAGUUCAGGCUCCGCCCGCCAGCUGCCUGGUUGCCGAUUGGCCGAAGAGAUAAAGGAGGGAACCGAUGAAGUGCAGCUGCUGGAUGUGUACGACCUCCUGCCCUUCGAUAACCCCGACGGGGGCGCCUGGAAACAAGGCUUUGAUAUCCGUUACCAAGGCAACGAGUGGGACGAGCAGCCGCUGGAAGUUUUCCUGGUUCCCCAUUCACACAAUGACCCAGGCUGGUUGAAGACAUUUGACAGGUAUUAUGAGGACCAGACCAAACACAUUCUGGACAACAUGCUGAUCAAACUGAGUGAAGACAGCAGGAGGAAGAUGAUUUGGGCAGAAAUCAGUUAUUUCUCCAAGUGGUGGAACGGCAUCAACGAGCAGAAGAGAGAGGCGGUCAAACGCCUGGUGGGGGCGGGGCAGCUGGAGAUAGUGACGGGCGGCUGGGUGAUGGCAGACGAAGCCAACAGUCACUACUUCGCUAUGUUGGAUCAGCUGAUGGAGGGACACCAGUGGAUCCAGAGACACCUCGGUGUGAAGCCGAUCACUGGUUGGGCGGUGGAUCCCUUUGGCCACUCCCCCUCCAUGGCCUACCUGCUGAAGGGGGCGGGGCUUAGCCACAUGGUCAUCCAGCGCGUUCACUACGCCAUCAAGAAGCACUUCUCCCAGCAGCGCACGCUCGAGUUCCUAUGGCGACAGAGCUGGGACUCCUCCCCCCGCAGUGACAUCACGUGUCACAUGAUGCCGUUCUACAGCUACGACGUUCCUCACACGUGUGGUCCCAACCCGGCCGUCUGCUGCCAGUUCGACUUCCACCGGCUGCCGGGGGGGCGGGUCUUCUGCCCCUGGAGGAUCCCGCCGCAGCCAAUCACAGAGCAGAACGUCCAGGAGAGAGCCCUGCUCCUAUUGGACCAGUACCGGCAGAAGUCCCGCCUCUUCCGGUCUCCGGUUCUGAUGGUUCCGCUCGGAGACGACUUCCGCUUCGUGGAGGCGAGCGAGUGGGACGCUCAGUUCACCAACUACCAGAAACUCUUCGACUACUUCGACCAGCACCCGGAGCUGCACGUCAAGGCUCGUUUCGGGACUCUGUCUGAUUAUUUCUCGGCGCUGUCUCGGCGCGUGGCGGCCGGGACGACUCUGCCGACGGUGCGCGGCGACUUCUUCACGUACGCCGACCGGGACGACCAUUACUGGAGCGGAUACUUCACCUCCAGACCCUUCUACAAACGCCUGGACAGGAUGCUGGAGGCCACGCUACGAGCCACAGAAAUCCUCUUCAGCCUCACGCUGGCUGAGAUGCGGCGUCUCCACGGCGACGGUCGCCUGGCAGCAGGUUUCCCGGCGCGGGAACAUUUUGGGCGUCUGACGGCCGGGAGGCGGAGCCUGGCGCUGUUCCAGCACCACGACGCCGUCGCCGGCACCGCCCGAGACCACGUGGUGGUCGACUACGGGAACAGGUCCGUGAUGGUGUUCAACCCGACGGAGCAGCUUCAGACGUCUGUGGUCAGCGUCCUCGUCGACUCUCCGGACGCUCGCGUCGUCGCCGCGGAAACGGGCCGACCAAUGGCUGCUCAGAUAUCUGCCGUGUGGGCGGAGCCGAGCCGGGCAGCCACAGACUCCUUUCAGCUGGACUUCGUGGCUGAGCUUCCUCCUCUGGCGGUGGUCGUGUACCAUGUGACCAGAUCCUCCGUUGGCUCCGCCCCCCGGGCUCGCUACACCUUCAGUCUCCGUGGCAACCCGCCGGAUGUCCAGGCGGAGCACUUUCAGGUGUCCCCCCCAGACGCCACCCUGUCGCUUAGCAACAAGCACGUCCAAAUAUGGAGCUCCCCGGAGACGGGCUUCCUGCAGAAGCUGCGUCUGCAGUCGGGUCUGGUGCGGCAGCUCCAGGUCCAGUUCCUGUGGUACGGAACCACAACCAACCGGGACAAGAGCGGAGCGUACCUGUUCCUGCCGGGGGAGGGGGGCCCAGGUGAGUCCAGAACCAGGACCAGUCUGGACCCAGGCUCUAACCAUCUCAAUGUGUAUACCCCCCCGGAGCCCCCCCUGGUUCGGGUCUCCAGAGGUCCCGUCUUCUCUGAAAUCACUUCCUGUUUCAGACACUUCACGCACACAGUCCGACUCUACCACCUGGACGGGCAUGCUGGGAGAUCACUGGAGAUUUCCAACACGGUGGACAUCAGGUCAGAGGUCAACCGCGAGCUCGCCAUGCGGCUCGUCAGCGACGUCGCCAACGGCAACCGUUUCUACUCCGACCUCAACGGCUUCCAGAUGCAGCAGCGGAGGACUCUGGCGAAGCUCCCUCUGCAGGCCAACUUCUACCCGAUGAGCACGGCUGCCUUCCUGCAGGACUCCACGUCUCGCCUGACUCUGCUGGCGGCCCAGAGUCAGGCCGUCGCAGCUCUCAGACCAG